UUUCAAUCGCAAAGUUCUCUUUUUUAGGUUCUCAAGUCUUCGUCUUUGUUCGCUCGAUUCGCUCGAUCGUUCGUUCGUUCGCCAUGGAUUCCUUCUUCCAGUCUACACCAUCGUCGUCGUGGAGCUAUGACUCCCUCAAGAAUCUUCGAGAAAUCUCUCCAGUUGUGCAGAAUCACCUCAAGCUUGUAUACCUGACACUAUGUUGUGCCUUAGCUUCUGCUGCUGUGGGAUCUUACUUGCAUAUCUUGUUCAACAUUGGGGGAUUACUGACUGCUUUAGGAUUUCUUGGGACUGGGAUGUGGUUGAUAUUCUCACCACCACAGGAAGAGAGGAAGAAAUUUGGUCUUUUGAUGGUGUCUGCCCUCUCAUAUGGGGCUGUUUUUGGUCUUCUGGUAGAAGUGGCUAUUGAAGUGAAUCCAAGCAUACUGGUGACUGCAUUUGUUGGCACUGCUAUCGCCUUUGGAUGUUUCUCGGGAGCUGCUAUUAUAGCUAAGCGCCGGGAGUUCCUUUUCUUGGGAGGCAUUCUGUCAUCUUGCCUUACUAUUCUCCUCUGGCUUGGUAUUGCCACUAUAAUCUUUGGUUCUUCCCUUGCCUACACUGUUGAGCUCUACUUUGGACUGGUGGUAUUCCUCGGGUACAUUGUGUUCGACACACAGUACAUUAUUGAGAGGGGUCAUAACGGAGACCUUGACUAUGUGCAGCAUGCUCUCCUUCUGUUCACUGAUUUUGUAGCCGUGUUUGCUAGAAUUGUAGAAAUCAUGCUGAGGAAGGAGGAGAAUGAAAGGAAGAAGAAGAAGAGAUCAUCUUAAACAACACUAGGCUUGGUCUUUCCACUGUUUCCUCUCUGGACAGUGGAAAUGCUUCUUCUGAUAGUGCAUUUUGAGAUGAUUCUUCUUUACCUCUUAUGUUGAAACAACAGUAUCUUCAAAACUAUGUGAAGGCCCAAAGUUUAGAUUUCAGGUGGUGAUGACUGUUAAUAGCUUUUUCUUUAGAUAUGUAAUAAAUACCUUUUGACUCAAAAGUUUCAACAACUUCUCUGGCUCUCUCUC